AUGUCCGCUCGGGGAUGGAGAAAUUUCCUGUACGGUGAUGGAUGCAAAAUCCUUAUUUAUCUGUUUCGAGUGGCCUGCAGCCUCGCCAUCAGCCCCACCUGCCUCCUGAGCAUCUUCCAGGCCGUUACCAUCAGCUCCGAGACCUCCCCUUUUGAUGUGCUAGUGAACAUGACAGGCCCCCAGAACAGCAGCGUUCAACUCAUGUUGUAUCUCAAAUAUUGCUCCAAAAUCAGUAUCAGCGCGGAAACCACCCUGCCCAUCGCCGUCGUGUUCUCCCUCCGCGACCUCGUUAUCGUGGGGCUCAUAAGCGCGGCCAGCAGCUACAUGGUGUUCUUCCUGCACAGGCACCACCGGCAGAUCCGGCACCUCCACGCGCCCGGACGCUCCCCCGGAGCGACGCCCGAAGUCGGGGCGUCCAAGAGGGUCGUGGCCAUGGCAACGCUCUGUGUCCUUCUCCAUGGGCAACAUUCGAUCAUGAUGAGCGUCAUAUUGGACAUGAAAGAGAAGCCCUUUCUGUUGGUGACCAGCCACACAGUGUUAGAGUCCACGUUCCCUGCCGCGACCAUCCUUAAAGUGUCCCCCUAUACCCCCCUUCCCGGUUCGGACCUGACUGACUGCCCCCCCCGUCCCCCUUCCCCCGGGAAAAAGGCCCCUGUUAUCACCAAAGUACGUUAA